GAGAGAUUAAUGUUUGCGCAUCGACGUGAAGAUACUUACCGGUAAGAAGCUAAUGCUUAGAUUUCAUUGAAGACGACGAAGCAGGCGCCAUGGAUGCGCAUUGAAGCCGAUGCUGCUGCGAGACCCUUUGUCACGCUGCUAUUAGGAUGAUCUCUGGUCCCUCUCAUGGACCUGCCCCGUAAGAAUCAGGUUUCUCUGAGGGGAGCGAGUGCGAGGGAGAUUACGAGGGAUGCUCUCCUCGAGAAGGUCUCACAGGAGAGAGAGCUCCGGAGCUAUGUCAGGCGGGCUAAUGCAGCAGCCCUUUUCAUUCAGAGAGUCUGGAGGCGCUACAUUGUGACAAGAAAAACGGCCUUACGGAUUCAAGAAGAAUGGGAUAUCUUGCUGAAUCAGUACUCCAGUUCAAUCAGUGCAACUUGGAUAUCCAACAGCCUUUUGAGACCAUUUCUCUUCUUUAUAACGCGUUUAUUGACUCAGAAUGGAAGAAUUCAAAUGAGAGAAUCAGCCUGCAUGCAGAAUUGUUUUAAGAUUAUAUUGGAGAGCAUAAACUCACCUGAUCCAAGGAGGAACUUUUGCUCUUUGGCAGUCGGUUCUCUAGAAGAGAGGAGAAUCUGGACUUAUCAAGCAAAGAAUUUGAUUACUCUUUGCACGUCCAUUCUGGCAGUAUAUGAUAAAUCUGAUCCUGCUAUUCUUGUCCUGACCUCUUUAGCAAUGCGACUUCUUGUGGCAUUAACUGACUCGAAAGGAUGGAAGAUGGCUGCUGAUAGUGAUCGUUCUGCUGCAGAUAUGGCUUCUAAAAAUUUAGUAUUGUUUCUGGGAAGUGAAAGUGGCUUUUAUGUCUCUACCAGAAAGUACAUCAUGAAAUUGGAUUUUCCCUUGCCAUUACAGAAAAAUGUUACAAUGCAGACAGAUGACAGGUUCUUGAUCACAGCAAGCAUGAUAACUUUAGCUCUGCGGCCAUUCCAUGUCAUCUUCUCUGAUGUAUAUAAUUCUGCACUUGAGGACAUGCAUCGUGUUACUAAAUGCUAUAUUUUGUCCCUCCUUACGGUUCCUUGGCUUGUCCAACGUUUACCGGCCAUUCUUGUGCCUGCUCUGAAGCAUAUAUCUGUACUAUCUCCAUGCUUCCAGACUCUACAGACUUUUGGAGGGGAAAUUUUAACAGAAUCAUCAAAAUCGGAACAUCCAGAAGGGCUUUGUCGCCACAAGGCAAUUCCCCCGGUGGGGUGGGUUCUAGCCAAUAUUAUAUGCCUGAUGGUGGGGAAUGAGAAUGGCUCUUUAGAUGCUAAGUUAUUCAACCAGGGUAUGGCUUAUGCAUCAUAUGUUCGAGUUGUAAUAACUCUCGCUGAAAUCCUUUUCAUUUGGCUCGAGAACUCUGGAAUAGUCAGAGAUGAAAAUCAGGAACUGGAGUGUAACUGUGAGACUUCAUUGGAUCCAACUCAUACAGCUUUCCCUGAAACAGAAACUACAUGUGGGAUUCUGAAUAUGUCCUUCGUGGACCUAUUUAAACCUCUUUGUCAGCGGUCUCAUCUGACAGAAUUAUUGGCUAACCUGAAGGAGUCUACUGAUGCGGCAGAGAUGGGACCCAGAAAGAAUCUCGAUAAGUUGGGGACGUUGGAACUGAUUGACAUUGCAUAUUUUUAUUCUUAUAUGGUCAGAAUAUUCUCCGUCUUUAAUCCCCAUUUUGGAUCAUUACCAGUCCUUAAUAUGCUGUCUUUCACUCCGACACUUCUUCUUAGUCUAUGGCGGGUUCUUGAAAGUUAUCUCUUUGGCAUCGAUUCCCCAGAAGGAAACUGUUUCUCUUUGAGCAAUUCUUUGGGGAACAAAAAGGAUGAUGCUUUGGUGGAGAAACAUAAACAGUCGAUGAAGGGCGGAGUUAGCAAGUGGAGCUCAGUCCUACACAAAAUUACUGGCAAGUCGCAGCCCGGUGUUGAUUACAAUCAUACAGAUUCAACCGAUUACGCAGCGAGCAGCAUGCAGAUUGACGAACAUCAUUCUGAUGAAUGGGAUGUACAGCUCUUGAGAUGUGGUCCACAGGGUAUUCCAAGAGACAUGGCUUGUCUGCUUUUUCUGUUCUUUGCCGCCUAUUCACAUCUGCUACUAGUUCUCGAUGACAUUGAAUUCUAUGAAAAACAGGUUCCGUUCACACUAGAGCAGCAGCGGAGAAUUACGUCAGCACUCAACACACUAGUAUAUAACAGCUUGUCCAGAGGAAGUCUUAGACAAAAUAAACACCUCAUGGAGUGUGCAAUUAAAUGCUUGCAUAUGAUGUAUGAAAGAGAUUGCAGGCACCAGUUUUGUCCCCCAGCAUUGUGGUUAUCUCCGGCAUCUCAGAGCCGUCUUCCUAUUGCCGUAGCCGCCCGAAUGCAUGAAGUUCUGUUGACAAAAUCAGAUGAUCCCUUGCCAGACUCAAGCAUGGGCUCAGUCAUCACCACUAUGCCACAUGUUUAUCCAUUUGAAGAGAGAGUUGAGAUGUUCAGAGAGUUUGUAAAGAUGGACAAAGUUUCCAGAGCAAUGGCCGGUGAGCAUACUGGGCCCAGUUCACGGAAAGUUGAGAUAGUUGUUCGGAGGGGCCAUGUUGUGGAAGAUGGGUUUAGGCAACUAAACUCGCUGGGGUCGCGGCUGAAAUCAUCGAUCCAUGUAUCCUUUGUUAGUGAAUGUGGCCUUCCCGAGGCUGGUCUGGACUACGGAGGACUUUCCAAGGAGUUCUUAACUGAUCUCUCGAAAGCUGCCUUUUCACCUGAGUAUGGUUUGUUCUGUCAAACCUCAACUGUCGAUCGACUAUUGAUCCCAAAUCCAUCUGCAAAAUAUCUAGAAAAUGGAUUACAGAUGAUUGAAUUUCUUGGGAGGAUUGUGGGCAAAGCUCUAUAUGAAGGUUUCCUGUUGGAUUACUCCUUCUCACACGUGUUUGUCCAAAAGCUGUUGGGCAGAUACAGCUUUCUUGAUGAGCUAUCAACCCUCGAUCCUGAGAUGUAUAGGAAUCUUAUGUAUGUCAAGCAUUAUGAAGGUGAUGUGAAGGAACUGGCGCUGGAUUUCACAGUUACUGAAGAAUUUUUGGGUAAACGGUACCUUGUUGAACUAAAACCUGGGGGCAAGGAUGCUUCCGUGGCAAACGAAAACAAGAUGCAGUAUGUUCAUGCUAUUGCAGAUUACAAACUUAACAGACAGAUAUUGCCUUUUGCAAAUGCAUUCUACAGAGGUAUGACUGAUCUCAUUUCACCAUCUUGGCUGAAGCUGUUUAAUGCAAAUGAAUUCAACCAGUUGCUUUCAGGUGGGAAACAUGAUAUUGAUGUUGAUGACUUAAGAAAUAAUACACAGUAUUCUGGUGGUUAUUCCGAGGGAAGCCGGACCGUCAAACUCUUCUGGGAGGUUAUGCAAAAUUUUGAGCCAAGAGAACGCUGUAUGCUUCUAAAGUUUGUGACCAGUUGUUCUCGAGCUCCCUUACUCGGGUUCAAAUACUUGCAGCCACCCUUUACUAUUCAUAAGGUUGCUUGUGAUGUCCCUCUUUGGGCGAGUAUUGGCGGACAGGAUGUGGACCGACUUCCCUCAGCUUCCACAUGCUACAAUACCCUGAAGCUGCCAACAUACAAGCGUGCCAGCACUCUGAGAGCUAAGCUUCUCUAUGCAAUCAGUAGCAACGCCGGAUUUGAACUUUCAUAGCAUUUCAGGCAUACUAUUAUCAGGUUUUGUGACCAUAUCGAGAAGAGGCUGGUAUAUAUCGAAGAUGACAAGUUUGAGACCGGAUAGCUUAGCCUUUAAGCUCUGAGAUAUGCUGUUGAGCUUAUUAUUGAACGAGACCGCGUCUUGAUUUAAUCUUGCGAUGCACUGAUUGCUUCCCAACCCAAAGAGUGUGAUUGCUGCAGGCAGACAUCCCAGUGGAGGCAGACUUGUCACCCCGACCUUCCUUGCUCCGAGUCCAUACAAAUUCUGUCAAGACAUGGGUUGGGAGUCAGGACCAGGUCAGUGUGCGGCAAAACUCAUUGGUUGGAUUUCACAAUUCUGUAUAGAUUAAGAUUAUUUUGUAGAUUGGUUUGCAGUUCGAGUGGACAUUGCUACUGUAUAUAUGAAACAGAAUGUGCAGUGUGGCAUAUGAUAUGAAUCUAUUGGGUUUCUGGGGGAAGAAGUUAAAAGUGAGUGAAUUGGAAUGAGGAAAGAGUUUUUCUGCAAUAAUCAAGUACAUGUUAUUAUUCUAGUAAA